AUGGAAUAUAACACAGUGAUAAAAAAUGAUCAGGACUUGGAUAUACAACGUAAAUCAAGUAAAAUCAUAUUAGCUAAAAAGGAUAGCUUAGUUCCGAGAUCACCGAAAAAGAAAAGAAUAGGCAAUCGGAAGCUUGUCGAGAUGCUACUAAAAGAGAAGGGCCCCGUAGUUGACAUCAGGGCUUCGGGCCCUUUCGACUUUCUUCCAAACUACAAAAAUCCAUGUUGGCGAGAAGUUAAUGGUUCAUCAGUAAUUACGAGAUGCUUGCCUUACUUCUUUUCAAUUGGCUGUUCAAAGUGUGGGACGACUUAUCUAUGGAACCUUCUGUCAAAACACCCAGAGAUAGCAGAUACUUUAAAGGAAACUGGACAUUACAUAAAUGGUCGAAGACUAAUGGGGGAGCCGUUGGGGUUUUACUUGGACUGGUUUAUGUCUGGAGUUGAAGAUAUUGUAGCCACGAAGGACGCAAAUGGCUAUCACUCAACGAUAAUGGGCGACGGUAAUCCAGCGAUGAUGUACAACAACCUCCGAUGGAAACUUGACCCUGCUAAUGAUCCAGCAUCUCUUGAACCAAGAUAUACAAACGCUGAUACCAUAUUUGAUUUAAACCCUAAAGCGAAAAUAAUCGCCAUUCUUAGGGAUCCUGUUACUAGACUUAUUUCGGAAUACACCUAUUUUGAAAAAGAUCAAAAUAAGUCGGCUGCACUUUUUCAUGAUCGGGUUGUGAGAAAAACACAGGAGUUUCGUGAAUGUACUAAAGAUCAUACGGCACGUUAUUGCGCAUACAAACCUGAGGAGGGACAAGAGGAGAUGUGCGGGCGUAUCCAUAUCGGCCUAUACGCUGUACAUCUUAAGGAGUUUUACCGCGUUUUUCCGCAAGAGCAAGUGCUUGUAUUGUCAAUGGAAUCAUGCAGCAGAGAUUAUGCUCCUUGUCUGCAGAGGGCCUUCAAUUUUCUAGAUUUAGGGCCGGUGAAUAACAACACCAUACGUCAGUAUAUCGAAACGACGACAAAAGUCAACAAAGGGAAAACUUCUGUUUCUGUGUGGAAUUCAACCAAACAACUUUUGAAAGACUUUUAUAAGCCAUAUAACGAAGAGCUGAGGAUGAUCCUUGGAUCUGAGUUCCACUACAAUUAA